CGAGCGAAGGGAAGGAGAUGGCUUCAGCACCUAUAGUGAUUCAUGAAGAGGAAAGAAUGUAUCAUUAUGACCUCCCAGACUAUAGUCAAAAGAAUAGGGGAGGAAGAGUAAGAGGCCGAGGCAUCAGGGGAAGAGGAAGAGGAAGAGGGAGAGGAAGAGGUCGGGGAAGAAGGACAGAGGAAGGAGCAGAAACAGCUGAUGGUAGAGAGUCCUCUGUUUCAGAAGACCAUUUAGAGCCAUGCAAGGUCUAUGUUGGAAAUCUGAGACCUAGGGUUAGUGACAAAGACCUGUAUGAUGUCCUAUCCAGUUAUGUUCCGGUGGUAAAUGCAUUUACAGUUAAGGACAAAAUUACCAAAAGAAAUAAAGGCUUUGGCUUUGCAACAGUUAGAACAAAAGAAGAUGUAGAUACACUACUGAAUUUGAAGGCAAUUGAACUUUAUCUAUAUGGCUCUAAGAUGAAGAUCAGACCAGCUUGGAAGAAGAUUAGGAUGCCAGGUGAUGAGAAAUAUGUGCGGCACGCCCUCUCUGAUCGGGACUUCGACUUGAGUCCCCCAAACCCAGAUGCCCCAUCAAUACAUGUAUUAGUAGAUGAUGUAUUAAUUCAUAUACUGGAGUAUCUACGACUGACACAAAUUAUUUCAUGUGAGAGAGUGUGUCGACGUUGGCAGAUGUUGAUUUACGGAAUGUUUGCAAAAUCAUCCUUGGAGUUGUCACCAACAAAACUGAAUUUGCUUGGCCCACUUACACACUCUAUUGUAUCUAAGCUCUUGAUUCUGUCAGGAUCCCAGUUAAAAGAGCUUAGGAUGAAAAAUGUUGACUACGCGACAAAAAGUAACAUUCUAAAGGUAGUAGGCCAACUGUGCCCUGAAUUGGAGUGUUUAGAUGUUUCGAUGGUCAGUGGCAUCAAUUUCCAUGGGAUUAAGGAGCUGACUUCAAAAUGUACAAAACUCAAGUCACUAGUAGUGGCAAAAUGCCCCGACUUUGAUGAAAAAGCACUAAGUACUGUAUUGUUAAGUUACCCAGACUUGGAGAGUCUAAAUAUAUCAAGUUGUCCCAUCUAUGGAAGAUGUUUUAAGAGACUUCCAGAAACUUUGAAGGAACUAAAGAUAUCGUACUGUCAGACUGUCGACAUCGGUUCUCAGGAGGAGAUUGGUAUCCGAUGCCCAAACCUGGAGCUCCUUCAUAUGGAUCAUCUGUUGACCUCAAGAUGUGUUUUAGAAAGCAUUGGAAGAAAUUGUAGUAAUUUAAAAGAUCUCGCAGUCACAUUGUGUGAAGAGAAUGCCCUAUCUGAGCUACCAGAUUUUACAAAUCUGAAGUCCCUGAGAAUAGAAUGCACUGGUGUGGAUUUAACGAAGCUCAUGAAGUGUCUGCCUAACUUAGAGAACCUUAACAUAAAUGCUCUUGAGUGUGUUGAUGCGCCAGAUUUCUCAAUAUUGAAAGAACUCAGAGCACUGGCCUUGCAUGGUCUGAAUCUAUCAGAGUCGUCCUUAGGAAGCCUGGAAAACUGUCCUCAUUUAGAAUCGGUGUACCUAAUGAGUUGCAGGGGGGAUCUGACCCUGGAAAUAUUGUUACGGAUUGUAAAAGCCAGUGUGAGAAUCUCGCAAAGCAUUGGUGAUCUUGCAGAGGCUGUAGUGGAUAGGGGAGUUGUAGAUGUGGGAGGUGUUGCAGAGGGUGUUGUGUUUUUAGUAGUGGCGUUAGGUGUUAAAGUGCGAAGAGGAAUGGGCUGA